AUGCUCAUCAUCGCUUUAGACUAUGACUACGCUCCCUCCGCCGAGCUAACGUGCACAAAGGAUGCACGCACCAUGUACAGGAUGGCGGGACGUGCCGGCGUGGACGACAUUACCGUAAUCACGGACAAGGCCGGUGUUGGAGAUCCCAGCUUUCCCACGCGUUCUUUCGUUCUCCGCCAUAUGCGGCAAGUCGCGAAACGUUGCGAAGAAGGAGAUUGGUUCGUGUGGUUCUGGGCUGGGCAUGGCGUGAAUGUGCCGGAUUUCAAUGGCGACGAGAAGGAUGGCUUUGAUCAGGCCUUCGUCACGCCUGACGUCACCGGACGGCUAACCGAAUCCGCUGUCCUCAUCGACGAUGAGUUCGCCAUGGCUUUGGACACCUUCGUCCCAGACGGAGUGCGGAUCCUCUGUAUCAACGACUGCUGCCACUCGGGGACGAUUUGUGACAUCGACUCCUUCAUGUAUAAGCACGACAUCUAUUCGAUAUCGGCCUCGCAAGACAACGAGGAGGCUGAAGACAUGGGCGACUCGGAUACUGACCUACGCAGCCGCAUAGCACGUGAGCACAGGAGUUGCUGCAGGUGCUGGGCUUUUCUGAAAACUGGGGCAAAGUGUAUUAUAGGCCCUCAGUAG